GGGGCCUGGGGGCCGUGGCCUGUGUGGCCUGAGCCCCGACUCUGGGCCUGAGCCCUGUUUUCCCGGCGGUUUCCAUCGAGAGCCUUUUGUUUCCGCGGGUGGUUGGAGGCCGAGGCGUUGCCAAGGUCUCCGGUGGAGCCCUAAGAGGGGGGGUGAACCCAGAGCUGCUGGGGAAGAUGAGUUUGGGGACGGUUCGGGUGGCGGGACGGAAGGAAAGAAAGCGACGUCGCGGUGGGGUUUGCCUGGGGACAGCGGCAGCUCCUGCCUCGGCGCUGUGGUGGUGGGAGGGGAUGCAAAGGGGUGAAGCGGGGAGCGUGCUGCCCCCCCCGGGCUGGGACGGGGGCUCAGCUCUCCGUGCGCCCUCCGGGAGGGCACCGCUGCUUCUGGGCACAACUGGGGAGCGCUUGGUGGGGGAGGGAUCGCUCCGGAGCUGCCCGGUUGCCGAGGCUGGGUGAGCGGAACCCCCUGGGCUCAGCAGGAGGGGCUGUUCUGGGCUCCGUUACCAGCCAUGAUGUGUAUGGGGUGAAGGAGCGGGGCUUUUCUCAGCUGCCUUACUUGCCCGUUGGCCUUUAAAUGUGGCCCAUAAAUGGGGCAGCAGGACGUGGGAUGGCAGGGGCGUUAGGUCAGAGCAGUGAGGAGGCGGGUGCUGGUGCUGGGCACUGUGAGGAGUUCACCUGGAGCCUCUCCAGGACUCACAUUCAGGUUUUUUUUUGGCAUGUGAAAAUACAGAGGAAGGUUUUUUUUGUCCCAUUUGGAAACGGUUACAGCUCGGUGUGCCGGCGUUCGUAGGAGACAGCUGGGAGCAGAGCGUGUGGUUUCCUUGCCGUGCGAGGCUGGAAAGUGCCUUCACUUCUCCGUCUGCACUGUGCUUCCAGGGCCCCUUCUCUCUGCUUGAGGAUGAAGAGCACCCGCAGCAGCUCCUCCUUCCAGGGCACUGGUUCUGGCGGCGUGGAGCUGAGCCUGACCGGGCUCCCCGCACCAGUCUCGCGGCGCCCCAGCAGUGCCUCUCCUGCCAAGCACAUGGCACGUUCCAUCUCCGUCACCGCUGAUGGCAAACCGAAGAGGAACGCUCCUGAAGACGGGGGAUCCCGGGCGAUGAACAACCUCCGGCGGUCCAACAGCACCACCCAGGUUAACCAGCGGGUGAACAGCGCGCGCAGCUCGGAGCAGACAGGAGACUUCCUGACCUUCUUUGAGAGCGGUUCUGGGGGAAGAAAGAAAGUGGCGAGUCUGAGCAAAACCUCCCCGGAAAAGAAAACCACGUGGAACAUCUUGGAUGAUCAGCCACGAGCGUUCCCGGGCCCCGCCGGCUCCCGCGGCGUCGAGCCACCAGUGGGCAUGAGGAGGAAAGAAGCCACCGUGCUCCUGGCAGCCAACUUCACCGCCAACAACAGGAGCAACAAGGGCGCGAUGGGCAACUGUGUCACCACCAUGGUGCACAACAACUACUCCACUGCCGAGAAGGGUCCUGCGCCCAAAAGCUCCAACCAGGCACCCAGUUCCCUCAACAAUGUCGUCAAACCGACCUCAAAUGAGGAUGGUGAAAGCAGCAGCUUCAGCUUCGUCAAGUCGCAGAAGAAUUUCUCCAGCAACAACAUCAUGACCCGCAACAACAACAGCAGCCUGCCCCGGAGGAAGGAGGUGACCGAGGAGGAGGCAGAGAGGUUCAUCCAGCAGGUGAACUUGGCCGCCGUGACCAUCCAGCGCUGGUACCGCCGCCACUCGCAGCGGCACAGGGCGGCAGCAGCGGCUCUGGGGCGGUUGUUGGCUUCCAAACGGGAGGAAAGGCAGCAGCAGAUGGAGGAAGGGAAUAUCCUGGAUUUACGCGAGAGGAAGGACAAGGAACGCCAGAAGAUCCGAGAGGAGAAGGCGCGCCUGGCCAGGCGCGCUGCCAUCCAGGAACUGCACCAGAAAAGGGCCCAAAAGGCUUUGGACGCAAAGCGCUUGGCAGAAGAAGAGCUCGCGCUGGUGAAGGAGAGCAGAAGGGUAGCAAAGAAGAAAUCUGCCAAACCUGCUUCUGCAAGGAACGUCAGUCCCGCCAGCAGCGUCACCAAAGCAAAUAACGCUGAGGCCAAUUUCCACUCGGUACCUGCAGAGCCAGAAGAAAGCGGCCUCGCAGACCUCGGCUCCGCGCCCUCGCGGGACCCCGGGGCAGAGGACAAGCUGCAGGAUGUGAGCUCCAGAGAGACGGGCGGCGAGGAUCUGGAGACGGUGGUGACUGCUGUCAGCAGGGCUCAGUCCAAGGUCACGCUCAAUGAGCUGCUGGACACGCUCAGGCUCUUGGAGGAAGAGCCAGAGCUGUUGCCCCCGCCGAAGCUCUUCAAGAAGGACAGAUAUGCCUGGAUUGACGGGCAGGAGCCCAGCUCCAAUUCCUUAACUGCUGACAACUUGGAGAAGUUUGGGAAGCUGAAUCACUCCCCGGGGGUCCCUGAGGAUGGGGCCCUGCUCUCGGAGGCCAAACUCCAAAGCAUCAUCAGCUUCCUGGAUGAGAUGGAGAAGUCGGAACAGGAGAGGCCCAGGUCAGCUGCCUCGGCCACGCAGCGGGAGGGUCUACUCUCGGAGGAGGAGCUGGCUCACUUGGAGCAGGCCUCAGCUGUUGCCACGGAGGUCACAAGCUCCAUCAUGAGGCUGAAGCUGGAAGUGGAGGAGAAGAAGCGAGCCAUCAGCCUGCUGCAAACAGCCCUGGCUCAGCAGAGGGAACUGACUGUCCGACACGUCAAUCAGACCGAGAAGGAGCUCGGCCACCAGCUCAGACUACAGAGGGAACAGUAUGAGGCAGCUAUCCAGAGGCAUCUGGCCUUCAUCGACCAGCUCAUUGAUGAUAAGAAGGUGCUGAGCGAGAAGUGUGAGGCUGUGGUAGCUGAGCUCAAACAAGUGGACCAGAAGUACGGCAAGAAGAUCACGCAGAUGCAGGAGCAGCACGAGCUGGUCUGGCGCACUUUGGGCCCCUUUUGCGAGGAGAUCAAGAAACUGAAGGAACUGAUGAGUGCAACCGAGAAAAUCAGGCGGGAGAAGUGGAUUGAUGAGAAAACUAAAAAGAUCAAAGAAAUCACUGUGAAAGGGCUGGAGCCAGAGAUCCAGAAGCUCAUUGCCAAGCACAGGCAGGACAUCAAGAAGCUGAAGAUGCUGCACGAGGCCGAGCUGCUGCAGUCGGACGAGCGGGCUGCCCAGCGCUACGGCCGGCAAGCGGAGGAGCUGCGGGGCCUGCUGGAGCGGGAGAAGGAGGAGCAGAGCCAGCGGGAGAGGGAGCGGGCCCGGCAGCGGUGUGAGCAGCAGCUGGAGCAGGAGGAGCAGGCAUUGCAGCAGCAGCGGCGCCGGCUCUACGCCGAGGUGGCUGAGGAGAAGGAGCGGCUCAGCCAGCAAGCGGCCAGGCAGAGAGCGGAGGCGGAGGAGCUGCGGCGGCAGCUGGAGGCGAGCAGCUCGGCCGUCACCAGGGCGCUGAAGGAGGAGUACGCGAAGGAGAGGGAGGAGCAGGAGAGGAGGCAUCAGGCAGAAGUGAAGGUGCUGAAGGACCGGCUGGAGAUCGAGAAGCAGGCCUGGGAGGCGAACUACGUGAAGAAGGAGGAAGCCUGGCUGCUCACCCGGGAACGGGAGCUGCGGGAGGAGGCGAGGAAGGAAAGAGACAAAGAGAUCGAGUUGGUGAUCCAGCGCCUGGAGGCCGACAUGUCCUUGGCCAAGGAGGAGUGCGAGAGGGCAGCAGAGAACAGGAUUAAGAGGAUCCGAGACAAGUACGAGGUAGAGCUCCAGGAGCUGGAGAGGUCUGAGCGGAAGCUGCAGGAGCGCUGCAACGAGCUGAAGGGGCGGCUGGCAGAGCUGGAAGGGGAGAGCAUUCGUCUGCAGGGGCUGCUGAAGCACAAGGAGCAGGAGGUGGAGGAGAUCCAGAAGGUGAAGGACCAGCUGGCCCAGGAGCGGAGCAGCCUGGCUGAGGUGAUCCGGCAGGAGUUUGCCGACAGGCUGGUGGGGACGGAAGAGGAGAACAAGCGGCUCAAGGCGGAGAUGGCGGAGAUGAGAGCCCGGCAGCGCCUGGAGCUGGACAGGGUAGUGCGGGAGAAGGACAAAGAGCUGGAGGAGCUUCACAGGAGGGUGAAGACGGCAGUGGUGAGGAAGGAGGAGAGUGUGAGCAGCCUUCGGAAGCAGUACGAGGCGGCUGUGCAGAGAGCCAACCGCCUCGAAGCCCUCCUGGAGCAACAGCGAAAGCAGCUGCUGGUCACCAAAUGACCCCUCGCCGACGGGUAGGGCUUGGGGGUGCUCUGGGGUGCCCACUGGACCCACGUUUGGGGGGAGCGGGCGCCUGGGGCUGGGCUUGGGCUCUCCCUCCCCUCCCUCCACCUUCAGUUUUCACAGCCUGGUCCUGGCGCUGUGGCCGUGAGCCCGCCCGGGGCAGCCUUGGGGUGUUCGGGGGUUGUUUUAACAGUAAAUCUGUUGGU